AAGAAAUUUCCUUCCACGAAAUCAAAUUGGUAUCAUUGAUAUCGCUUCCUCUCGUUCUAAUUGUUUCGCUGUAAGAAUUGUCGCUCAAUCACUCGUCUAUCAUUGAAUUGAUCUUCGCUCAAUCACUCGUCAAUCACAGUCUACUCUUCUAUUGAUCGAAUCAAUCGUCUAUCAUCGAAUUGGUUUCUCUUCUCUGCAUCGAUUCCUCGAACAACAGGCUAUGUCAAGGAAAAAUUCUGAGAAUAGGGGGAAGCGAAAGUAUGUUGCUUUAAAUGGUACAGUGAGAACUCCAGAUCACCAUUUUCGAAAUAGAGGAUUGUCCGACAAUCCUCUUAUCGGUGAGAUAGAGACUUUUCGAAAGUUGCAUUAUAGAGAAAAAGAGGGUUGGGUUAACGACUAUUCUCGCACUUCAUAUGAAAACAUGUUAGAGAUUAAGCGGCAAACUGAAUCAACAGAAAAUCCCUCGGGUGAUCUAGAGAUUAUGCAACAAGUCUUAGGUAAAAGACUUGCAUAUAUUCGGGGAUGGUCUAGGGUCCCGAGCACUAGGAGUGAAUUUACAAGUUCGCAACAUAGCACCGGUGCGUCAGGUCGAUUGAGCCACACCGAGAUGUCUCAUAGACUUGCUUCAACCGAGUUCGAGUUUGCUUCAACCAAAUCCAAGCUCUUUCUUAUGAGGGAUGAAGUCGCUGAAUUGCGACAAAUGGUGAGUUCAAUUGUAUCCGGCCGGUCAGUUCCAAGUUUUUCAUCUUCAUUAACUGUUCAAGACCAAUGUUCGGAGACUCAAGAUCGUUAAACAUGCUAUGAUGAUUAUGGAUGUUUUUUGUUGAUAAAUUUAGACGAUAUAUAAAC